CCUUAUCUUUCCCCUUAUAUACCGGGGCCCUCCUUUGACCGACCCCCCGCCCGCCAUGACAUCCCUCUACACCGGAACAUUCGUCGACACGCCCACGCCCGCAGGUCUCCGAGUCAGGAGGAACCAUCUGCUCGCCGUCUCUGCCCAGGGCGCCAUCGCGCACAUCGCCCCCGUUUCAGACCCCGCCUCCCAGGCACUCCUCGCCUCCGCCCCGCCACCCACCGCACUCGGCAGGCACUCCUUCUUCCUUCCCACGUACGCCGACCUCCACCUCCACGCCGCCCAGUAUCUCUACGCCGGCACAGGUCUGGAUCUGCCGCUUCUCGAGUGGCUCGAGCGGUAUGCCUAUAGAGCCGAGGAGCGUGUCGAUGCAGACGAGCAGCUGGCCGAGCGGCUGUAUGGCAGGCUGGUGCAGCGACUGCGGGAGAAUGGAACCGGCUGUGUCGUCUUUUUCGGCACGAUCGGCGUCCAGGCCAACUUGAUCCUGGCCAGAAAGGCCCAGGAGGCUGGGAUCAGAGCUUUUAUCGGUAAACUCUCCAUGGACGAAUCACCGCGCCCGUCGUACGGCGAGGCGUCUCCCGCUGCCUCGCUCUCAUCCCUCAACUCAUUCCUUGACUCUAUGGAGUCUUAUCUCUCCCAGUUCCCUUCUCACAGGCGUCUGGUUCAGCCCAUCAUCACUCCCCGCUUCGUCCCUGUCUGCUCUGACGAACUCUUGCAAGGUCUCGCCAAAGUCGCUCAAGACAGGAACGUAAGGCUGCAGAGUCACAUGUGUGAAGGCAGGGACCAGAUUGAUAUGUCCUUGAAGACAAAAGGUUUGGAUGAUGAAAAGGUCUUUGACAAGUUUGGUCUCCUCGGCCCACAGACUCUCCAAGCGCACGUCACAUACCUCGACGACAAACUCAUCCCGCUCAUCAAAGAACGCGGCGUCACCAUCGCCCACUGCCCGCUAUCCAACCAAUACCUCUCUGAACGCCAAUUCCCUCUCCGAGAAGCUCUCGACGCUUCCCUCUCCCUCGGCCUCGGCACAGAUAUCGCAGGCGGCUACUCGCCUUCUAUCCAUACCGCCAUGCGCCAGGCGGUGAUCAUCUCGCGUAUGCGUGAAGGUGAUCGAUGCGAAUCUCUGGGGUGUUCGUUUGGGACGGUGAAGAAGGAGGAAGAGGGUGGAGGGAGAAAUUUGAGGGUGGAUUGGAAAGAGGCAGUUUGGGCGGCGACGAGGGGUGGUAAGGCCGGUAUGGGCUUGGGCGGUGCGUUGGAAGUUGGGAUGGAGUUUGAUGUGCAGUUGAUUGAACUUGCAAGUGAAGAGAAUCCUACUGGCACAGGUCCACUCGAUCUAUUUGACCUUGCAGACAGUCAAGUCGACACCGAUACGGACGAAUGGUGGUUUGACGCACUUGAAAGGUGGUGGUCCAACGGAGAUGAGCGAAACCGCAAGGGUAUGUGGGUGCAAGGUGCCAAGAUUGCAUAGGUCUCCUCUGUUUCCCUUUUUAAUUCUUUUUUUUUUCUCGGGAUUGUAUAGGGUUAGAAUUUAUAUUAGACAUUUUCUAAAUGGA